AUGGAAACGAAGAUUAUAUUUUUAAUUGGAAACGAUGCCGCGAUGUUCAGUAAGGCCGGCCGGCAGUCGCUACCGGUGGCGCAGGCGCAGCGCACAGCGGCCGAUAUUGCAAGCCGGCUAGAUCACUGCAUGAGUGCAUUGUCGGGAGAAUCCAAGCAUACACAUCCAAGACUAUGGUUAUUUUCAAUGUCGCUGAUGCUAACGGCUCAAUGCGCCCGUACACAAUGUCCGUGGGAGGGUGCGCCAACGUUACAAGCCGCAUGUAUAUGUGCACAUAAUUUAGCGAGAGAUUUGUCAGUCCAAUGUGAUCAGGUUGACUUCCCGACGUUAUUGUCAGCUCUAAAUAUGAGCACACGAAAUAUUGUUAUCGAUCUACUUUACAUAAACAAUUCAAGCAUACCCGUCCUCACCAAUAACAUGUUUGCAAAUCUUAAAAUUCACAACUUACAAAUAUCUGGAUGUGGAAUAAAAAGAAUAGAAGAUGACGCUUUCCGAGGACAAGGCCCUUAUCUUAAAAACUUAAACCUGCAAGAUAACGAACUAACUGAAGUUCCUGUGAAGGCCCUAAAAAUUUUAAUUAAUCUCUCUCUAUUGGAUAUAUCUAAAAACCGCAUUUCUCACAUUGCAAGUCAUUCUUUCAUCACUCUUCGUAAGCUCACAACACUAAAAGUGUCUGACAACAAUGUUACGUUAGAACCCCAAACACUCACUGGAUUAGAAAACUCAUUAAAAAAUCUAAAUUUAAAAGGGACUAAACAAAAAACUGUCCCCGAAUGUAUAAGAGGCCUUCGUAGUUUAGCUUUUCUUGAUCUAUCGCAAAACAGUAUCAGAGAACUUCCAGGACCGGAUGGUAGUAAAACUUUCGAGGGACUGGACUCACUCACUGCUCUAAACUUAGAACGAAACCUCAUUGUCUAUCUGAGAGAUGAUGCGUUUGCUGGAAUAAAGAGCACGCUCAGUUCUCUCAGUCUUUUGAACAAUUUGCUUCCUGAAUUCCCGACUGCUGCAAUAGGGACAUUGAGCGAUUUAAGAGUAUUAGAUAUCGGAUUCAAUUUAUUAAAUAAGUUACCAGUGGAUGCUUUCGUUAACAAUCCAUCAAUAACUUUGUUAGCAUUAGAUGGUAAUCCUUUGCCCACAGUGCCAGAGGAAGCAUUUUCUCAUCUCAAUCAAACUCUUCGAGGUCUCAGUCUAGGCGGGCGAUUCCUAAAUUGUGAUUGUCGCUUGCGUUGGAUUAUAGAAUGGAUUCGAAAUGGAGAAUUACAAGUAACAUCACGAGAAAGAAACCCGCAAUUCUGCGGCAAUCCAUCGCAUUUCCGUGAACGUGGCUUUUAUAGUUUUGAGCCAAAUGAAUUAGUUUGCGAUAACGAUAUAUCUAUAUCAACAACAGAAAAAGCCAUACCAACUGUGAAGGAUUUGAACGAAUGGAAACUAAGUCAGGCCAUCACUACCACGUCAACAACCACUGCCGCCCCACCAUCAACAACGAGUACAUCUUCACCUCUCGAAACAGAAAUAAGUAACAAUAUAGAUAUUCCUACCAAACCAACCAUUAUUCAAAGUCCAAAUACGAGCACCACAAGCACUACCAGCACCGCACGCCCCAGCCGCAUCCCCUCAGUCCGACCAGCCGCACCCACCUGGCGCCAUGCUCCUCACCAGCGUCCCCCCCUCGUUAUGAGUUUUCCGCAACAAAAGCCAAAAGUAGAUGAUUCCAAUGAAGUUAUCGAAUGUAUAGUGGUCUGCGUGAUCUCCUUGGAGGAGGUUCACGUCAGUCCAGAAACGGUGCCGUAUUCCCAAUGCCGAGAGGUACGCACCGUUUCCGCUGCUGCCUCCAAUAUGGAUAAGAUCACGAUUGCAGCCAGUGCCGCCAUUUGUGGUACAAUAGUGGUAGCAGUACUAGUAUUUGCCGCGGCUUCGCGGCGCCGAUCUCGCACCGUGCAUCGUCUACAUACACAAGCUCCGGAGAAGAUGCCCAACCCUUGUUGCGGAGGUCUCACCGGCACCCCGAGCCCCAGCGGUCCACUUUCUUCGCUUGCUACGAUCGGCGCCUUUGGAAAGCAGCGUGAGUGGGAUCAAGUGUCGGCUUAUAGCGCACGUUCGAUCCCGCGUGCACGUUCCUAUACUGAACCAGCUCCUCCGGACCCAUUACCAGGUCGUCCUGGACGAGCACGUUCUCUCGCUGACGGUCAAUCACAGCAUAGCUAUUCACAUUCUGGCCGAUACGGAGUGCCAGGAUACCCUAGUAGCCUUCUAGGAUCUCGAGCUGAUCUCCGACAAUCGCGACAGUCCCUAGGAGCAGCAUCAGAACGUGCCUCCCGUUUAUCAUUAAGUGGUGCUGCCGGCGGAGCCACUGGCGGAACUGCAGGAUCUCGGAGAAGGCCGCGGUCAAGGUCCCGACCAGCCAGCAGAUACAGCGUCGGCUCUAUAGGUAUGGGAUACUGUGACACUUCCGACAACUGGACUGAUCAUGAUAUGGAUAUUUACAUGGCACGGAACCCGACGACUCGGAGUGGAUUAGUACCUUUAUAGCGUGUAAGGGACACGCCGGCGCCGCGGGGAGAUAUGACAUGUCGAGGACGCUCCUCGCCUACGCGAAGGGCUCCCGAGGGCUAUAAUACCUCGUGGUGCAGUCAUGAAGCCCGGAAAGGCCACCGACAUUCUCGCCGACAUAGCCAUGAGAAAAAAAACAAGCGACGUGCGCACGCGCACUGUAGCCGAUUCGCGGGUCAGAGCCAGUGUGUCCGGUAUCCGUUUAAAUAUUAAUUUUUCGUAAUAAUAUUGUUACCUUUACAACGUGACGAUAGUUGUAAUACUUGUACUUAAUUUCAGUACAUACAAUAACUUCUAUCCUUAGGUUAAAGAAUUGUAAAUGGUAGUAUUUAUGCUCUAAUGUAGAAACUAUGUUAAAGAUAGAUUUAAUUAAAAUAUUGUAAUUUCA